CGCGUCCUGGCUACGCCUUCUUGAUUUCUUUGUUGGCUCUUGUAUUGCAUUGCAGGGAAAUAAUAGCAAAGGCAGCAGAAAAAUUUAAAAUUGGCAGACUGUUGUUUCCUCUAGCAUCUGAUCCAAUGGGACCCUACUACACCACUGUUCCAGUCAAAUUUCUUUUACGGAUUUUUGUCAACAACUAGGGCUAUCAAUGGUGGAAUCUCAAAAGAAGCGAACACAUGAAAUUAUGUUACUGUGUCGAUUGAGGAAGCCGAUUGAGAGCGAUGGCGGAGGCUGCAUUGUCCGUAGGAUCGCGCUUCAGAACUCGGGAUUCUAGUCCUGAGUCCGUCGUUUUCACUCUUGAGUCGAAUCACAGCGUUUUCUCGUCUACUUCUGCCAGUGUCGAACGCUGCUCCUUCACAUCCGACGCUCACGACUAUGACUGUCGAACCUCUGAUAUCUCCCUGUCCCUGCAUCUGGAAGGGAACAAUGAGGAAUGCAAAGAAGAAACCAGUAGUCCAGAUUCGGAUCCAAAUGCAAUCAAUUCCAAUUUGGGUAUGGAGCACAGUCGUCAACCUGGAAAAAGAGAGAGAGUUAAAGUUGAAAGGGAAAACAGCUAUACUGAUGGGAUGGAUGGACAUCAAGCGUUGGAUAUGGCUAGAAGCUCUUUUUCUCUGGCUCUCAAAGAAUGUCGGGAUCGAAGAACUAGAUCUGAAGCUUUAAUGAAUAAGGUAGACAGGCAAAGACCCGCUUCAUUGGACCUGAAUAAUGUCACUGUCUCAUCACCUCGUCUGGCAAUCGUGCGAAAGAGCUCUUUCUCACCUCGAAUGUCUGAUACUAGUAUGUUACAAAGUCCUGCCACGCAGAGCUGUAAGCCUGCCAAUGCCGAAAUCCAAAAGGGUUGGAGUUCAGAAAGAGUGCCAUUACAUAAAAAUUCUAGCUCGAAGCAUAUGACUACUGCAUUCUUGCCUUUCAACAAUGGGAGGACGUUGCCAUCAAAGUGGGAAGAUGCAGAGCGGUGGAUUUUCAGUCCCGUUCCAAAAGAUGGCAUAGUCAAGCCCGCUGUUCCACCAGCUCAGAGGCGGCCAAAGUCGAAAAGUGGCCCACUUGGAUUCCCUGGUAUUGCAUACAAUUCAUUGUAUUCACCAGGAAUGCCAAUGCUUGAAGGAUCGAAGGAAGCAGAUUUCAUGUCUCCGCCGUUUUCAGCGGGAAUGGUUGCAGCAAAUGAGUUGGCAGUUCAUACUAGUGGUCAUGAAGCAGACAACCCUGUGGAAACUCAGCCUGGCAUGGCACGCUCAGUCAGCGUGCAUGGCUGCUCCCAAACGACAAGUGAGUUCCUGUUUACCACUUCAGUUGGUCAAGACUCUAACGGAGUUGACAACUCAGCCACAAUUAUAUCUCGUGAUGUUUCAAGAAGGGACAUGUCGACCCAAAUGAGCCCUGACGAUAACUUUAAAUCAUCUUUGGGGAUUAGGCUGCCUAUCUCUGUUUCCGCUCCUUCUGCACAGCCCAUUUGGGAGCUAAAGAGUAUGUCUUGCUUGAAAUCAGAAGUCAAGGAUGUCGAGGUUGAUGGACGAGUUACCUUGACUAGGUGGUCUAAGAAACACAAAUCCCGGAUUCCAUGCAAGGGUCAAGUUCAUGAUAAAGAUGCAGAGCCUGUCAUCUGUGCUUGGGAUGUGUCCGACACAACAAAGAGCAUCUCAAAAGUAAUGAGAGAGGAGGCAAAGAUCACAGCAUGGGAGAAUCUUCAGAAGGCAAAAGCUGAGGCAGCUAUAAGGAAGUUAGAGAUGAAGCUGGAGAAGAAGAGAUCAUCAUCCAUGGAUAAGAUUAUAAAUAAGUUGAAAUAUUCUCAGAAGAAAGCUCAAGAAAUGAGGAACUCCGUGCUAGCUAACCAGAUGAGUCAAGUUGAGGGGUCUUCUCGAGGAGUAAUAUCAUCUGGGAGAAGCCCUCAGAGGACUUCAUUAAGUGGUUGUUUCACUUGCCACGCCUUUUGAGGCCCGCUCAGGUUCAAGGAAAUUGCUCAUUCUAGAUUCUUAUGCUACAAGGAAGUUCUUCAUUCAUUCUCUCUUCACAAAAUCCUCCCCAACCAAACCAAACAGAAACUUUCUCCCAAAUUAACAAUAGAGAUUUUCAGGAUUCUCUAGGGGAAAAUCCAAUGGCCGACCAAGUCAACGGUUUGUUGAUUUUUAAAGGGUCGUUCGGAUGUAGCAUAUAUUAUACAUAUGGAUGUCUCUUGAAUAUAUUAUACUUGGUGUCAAAUUUUUUUCUUUUA